UCCAAUGACAUAUCUAUGGAGUAGCUGCUAACUCCCAUGUUCCAUAUUCCUUAAUUUUCUGACCUAAAUCAUAUUUUAAUAGAAGAGGUUUCAUCCACCCCUUAACAUUUACUCACAAAAUUCACCAAAACAAACCUCAGCCAUCUAAAACCCUAGCUGGUUCUGACUCUGUAAUUGUAAUUCCUUGGUUUGUUCGUGCAAGUGUUUUUUACCUUCUUAUUAAUUCAGCACAGAACAUAAAACAUCUAGGAAUCUGUCGUUAUCUUGGGUUGUCAUCCAGUUCACACUAGUUUGUGUUUUGACUUUGGACUGCUCUUAUUUGAGUUCGAAGUCCUUUAUUAGAAUUCCACAGGACACCAGAUUUACUUUGUCCUCCUCACAGGUAUUUCCCAUCUGGGUAUCUCUCCAUCUCUCCACUGAAACUCAAAUUUCGUUCAAGGUGCCAUCUUUUCUUUUUAAUUUUGUUCGUUUAUCUUCAUGGGCUCUCUUAGUCUCCAUUUAUUUGUGAUUGCCAGCAACUACAAGCUCCUUUCCUUGUAUUGCUUUUGACAACUUUAGAUUUGUACUCUUUCUUAUUCAUUUCUAUCCAUUACUGUUUAGAUUUCUUCCAUAUCUGCAACUAAUAAGCACAACUUCUUUGCUUGAUUUUGGUAUAUUAUACAAUCUUGGAUUUUGAUUUCACUUUCUUAUUCGGCCCUCUUCAUGGAUUCUGGUUUCUGUUGUUUUGCUAUUGAUUACUAGUGCUAGCUUAGCGCUCUGCCUUGAUAAGAAUCCUUAGUUUCUAUUUUAAAGCUCAAUAAAUUCCCAUAUUUCCUUUGUUCUUCCAUAAAUUUCCAGAUUUUGAAAUGAUGGGUGGUGGAGGAUCUAGAAUUGUCAUUUGUGUACUUCUUACAGUCUUAAUCUUGGCAUUUUUGUCUAGUGGAUUUACCCCUGUAGACAAUUAUCUUAUAGAUUGUGGAUCACCCGCCAAUACUACAGUGGGUGGCCGUGUUUUUGUUGCUGAUGACUCUGCCUCAAUCUUUCUUUCAACCCCGAAAAGCACUUUGGCAAGUAGUUCGAAAUCUGUCACUUCCGGAGAUGACUCACCACUUUAUCAAACAGCAAGAAUCUUUGAUGGAACCUCAAAGUACUCCUUUUCGAUUCGUCAACCUGGGAGGCAUUGGAUUCGCCUGUAUUUCAAUCCAUUUGUUAGUGGUAGUUAUGACAUGAGCGGUGCGAGUUUUGAUGUUUCCACCCCAAACCAUGUCUUCCUCAGCAAUUUCAGUGUGAAGACUUCUGUUGUCAAAGAAUUUUCAGCUAAUGUAACCUCGAAGGAUCUUGUUAUCACUUUCACUCCCUCUGGCAAUUCAUUCGCCUUCUUAAAUGCCUUGGAAGUCGUUUCAGUUCCUGAUGAGCUCAUUACAGAUGAUGCCGAGACUUUUAAUCCAGCGGGGAUAUUCAAAGGCCUGUCCUGGCAGGCACUGGAAACAGUUUAUAGGGUGAACAUGGGUGGACCAACAGUUUCCUUUGAGAAUGAUACCCUUGGGAGAACUUGGGUUCCUGACAAAAGUUAUCUCGUUGGAAAUAAUCUUGCUACCAACGUGUCCAAUAUUGCAGCUGUCAAGUAUGUAGCUGGUGGGGCAACUCAGGAUUCUGCUCCAAAUGCUGUGUAUGGUACUGCCAUUAGAAUGAACUCAGAGAAUGAUCCCAACAGCAACUUCAACGUGACCUGGGAGUUCAAUGUGAAUCCAGGUUUUCAGUAUCUUGUUAGGUUUCACUUCUGUGAUAUAGUAAGUAGCAGUCUUAACUAUCUCUACUUCAAUGUUUACAUUGACUCCUGGCUUGUUGCCGAGAAUGAAGAUCCAAGCAGUUUUGCGAAUGCUUUGGCUGUUGCAUUUUAUAAGGAUUUUGUUACUGCAGCAACAGUCAGCAAUAAACUUCGUGUGAGUAUUGGCCCAACUAACACCAUUGCUGGUGCCUACCCCAAUGCAAUUCUAAAUGGCUUGGAGAUCAUGAAAAUGAACAACUCCUUGGGCAGCCUCAGUGGGCCAGCUCCUGAUGUUUCAGAUUCGAGUUCGAAGAAGAAUGUUGGUGUGAUAGUGGGCUUAAGCAUCGGAGCAGUUAUCCUAGUGGUGUUGGCUGGAAUUUUCUUUGUGUUCUGCAGAAAGAGAAGAAGGCUGGCUCGCCAAGGAAAUUCUAAGAUGUGGAUUCCUUUAUCCAUCAAUGGAGGAAAUUCUCACACCAUGGGUAGUAAAUACUCAAAUGGAACAACCGCUACUCUUGAUUCUAAUUUGGGGUAUUGUAUUCCUUUUGCAGCAGUUCAUGAGGCGACAAACAAUUUUGAUGAGAGUUGGGUUAUUGGAAUUGGUGGUUUUGGGAAGGUAUACAAAGGAGUUUUGAAUGAUGGUACAAAAGUGGCUGUUAAAAGGGGAAAUCCACGCUCCCAACAGGGACUUGCAGAGUUCCAGACUGAAAUUGAGAUGCUCUCUCAGUUCCGGCAUCGCCAUCUGGUUUCGUUGAUUGGGUACUGUGAUGAAAAGAAUGAAAUGAUCUUGAUUUAUGAAUACAUGGAGAAUGGGACUCUCAAGAGUCAUCUCUAUGGCUCAGGUUCUCCCAGUUUGUGUUGGAAGGACAGGCUUGAGAUAUGCAUUGGAGCAGCUAGAGGACUUCAUUACCUUCACACUGGCUACGCAAAAGCAGUUAUACAUCGUGAUGUGAAGUCCGCUAACAUCCUGCUUGAUGAGAAUCUCAUGGCCAAAGUAGCUGAUUUUGGGCUUUCUAAGACAGGACCUGAAAUUGAUCAGACUCAUGUGAGCACAGCAGUGAAGGGGAGCUUUGGAUACCUUGAUCCUGAGUAUUUUAGAAGGCAACAACUGACUGAGAAAUCAGAUAUCUAUUCAUUCGGGGUGGUAUUGUUUGAAGUUCUUUGCGCCAGACCGGUUAUAGAUCCAUCCCUUCCAAGAGAAAUGGUUAACUUAGCUGAAUGGGCAAUGAAAUGGCAGAAGAGAGGACAGCUGGAAGAAAUAAUAGACCCUACUCUUGUGGGGAAAAUUAGACCAGAUUCACUUAGGAAGUUUGGAGAAACUGCUGAGAAAUGCUUAGCUGACUUUGGGGUUGACAGGCCUUCUAUGGGAGAUGUCUUGUGGAAUCUGGAGUAUGCCCUUCAACUACAAGAAGCAGUUGUUCCAGGCGAUCCCGAAGACAACAGUAUUAAUAUGAUUGGCGAGCUCUCUCCACAAAUCAACAAUUUCAGCCAUACUGAUAGUAGUGUUUCUGCUGCAAAAUUUGAAGCCUUGGGUGUGGAUGAUCUCUCAGGUGUUUCAAUGAGCAGGGUAUUCUCACAACUGCUUAAGUCUGAGGGCAGAUAACUCGCUAGAUGGUAAGCUCGAUGGAUUUAGCUCCUCUGAUAACUCUGGUUUGUCCUUUCACCAACCACUGUUUUUGUCAUAUUAGAAGAGAGGGGGGAAAUUCUCUUUAUUUUGCUGGGAAACGAAACCCUAUACUUGUCAAGGUGCAUUUGCUUCCCUGUUCAAUUUAUGAGAGCAUCUCCCCAGAUCAUUUUAUGUCUUUUGAUUGGAGACAUUCCCAUGUUCUACAGCUAGUCAGCUUUCCUAAAGUUGUCUAAACCAUGCUGAAUUGCUUCCAGAAUUCUGCAAUCAAGCUACAUUUUCAGUUACAGAAGCGAUUGUUUUCAAGUGAGUAUUAGUAAAUUGACAAGGAAGUCGAAUUUUAUCCUGUACCAAUGUAUGUGUCUUUAUUCUUUGUUGGUACUAAUAUGAAGUCGGUAUGAGGUGCAUUAAUUUCUA